GUUAGAAAAAGAUCUCGUGUCGCAGCAUGAGAGAAAUAAAUUUUUGCGAGGUAAUAACGCUUUAGACCGUAUAAAGCCGUGAAGUUAUCUAUAACUAGAUAUGUAACUUGUGCACAAUUCACUUGCGGAACAUGAUAACACGGAUUGGGUCCAAUCGAGCCUUUUCUUCCGACGUACCGUUGGUAUUGAGACAUAUUUUAUUCUGUUUGGGUACUCGGUGUUCCGUAAAUAAAAUCAAUUGUAACUCUUAAGGACAUUAAUGAUAAUUCUCAUCAGCUGGUAUUUCGGAGAUAAGCAACACAAGUAAUUUGUAAAGCAGAAAGAUGAAAGCUCAAACGGUGCACAUGAUUGUCUGUCUCGUCUUCUUUUCUACAAGUGCUUCUGAAUGUUUGUCAAGCUAUGCCGAUACAGACAUCAUUGGUUUGAGGCCUAAUCACUCAACAAAGUCGCUGGUGGAUAAAUUAAUGAAAGGAUAUGGCAGAACAUCUGUUCGGCCAGUUCAUGACCACAAACAGCCAACUAUUGUCUUUCUUCGGAUGCUUCUGUAUGAACUCGUCGAAUUUAAUGAGCAAUAUCAGGUGAUUACUAUGCGUUCUAAUAUGAAAAUGAAAUGGAGAGAUGAGUUUUUACAGUGGGAUCCACGUGAGUGGGAUAACAUCACUUCAGUAACCCUCAGCAACCAUGAUAUAUGGAGACCAGAUUUUGAUUUAGAGCAGAACGUUGACAGGGAUCAAAAAAUCACACGCGACACCUAUAUCAGCGUUACCCACACCGGUGCAGUGCACUGGAUGUUUCCUAUGAUCACAACUACGGCAUGUAAGAUUUACACUGCUUACUUUCCUUACGACCACCAGCGGUGCAAUGUCACAUUCUACCCAUGGACAUUGGGUAUUAAAGAGAUGCGGCUUCUUGCACUUAAUGACGAUGACGCCCAGCAAAAGGCGUAUGUUCGCAAUGGCGUUUGGGAUCUCACAAGCUUUCAAGCCACCAACGUCACAGACACUUUCAAGUGUUGCCCACAUCCUUUUGAUUUGGUGGUGUACACCCUUGAACUGAGACGUGAAGCGUCGUUCUACACCAUGCAGAUCGUGUUACCUUCUGUCUUCUUGACUCUCCUCAUGUUGGUCAGUUUCUGGCUCCAUCCUGACUCGGGUGAGAAGAUCAGCCUGACUGUGACAAACCUCCUUUCAAUGAUUCUCUUCCAGCAGCUGGUGGCUCAGCACAUGCCACCGAUAGGCGAACCAAGCUCUAUAGUUGUGAGUUGUUGCUUCAUAAUGAUCGCCCUAAGUGCGUGCUCUGUGAUCCUGACAAUAAUCGUUCUACGGGUCUACCACAAGGACUCCGAUCAGAUGCCGCCAUUUUGGGGAUUCAUGCUUCUUCGCAUCUUCAUCAGUCGAAACAUCGCAAAGAGUAUGAGCUCUUUCUACAAAAAGCGGAGAUCAAUGCUAAAAUUAAACAGAUGUGAUGAAAGACGGAUAUCCUUCUACCUCAAGGUUAAAUCUAAGUUACUAUCAUCCGGUUCGAAUGCCGAGUUAAACUCGUCGAUGAAAGGCAGGAUGACCAACGGUAUGGCGGAUUGUGAGGAAGAUCUGAAUUACAGUUUCAUGUGGAAGCAUUUUGCUCUUGCGAUUGAUCGAGCAUUUGGCAUCAUUUUAAGUGUUUGUACAAUUGGAUGCAUCGUAUACGCGUUGGAAGCGUUCAGUCACCGCCACUAAAUAAAAAUGGCGACCGGAGUAUGGAGGAAGGAGUUCUAUAACAAAAGCCAUGACAACUUGACGUGAACGAACUUUUUGGCAUCACUAUUUUCGCAAUGUAUCUUUGAUAAGAAAUGAAUAUUUGCUUAUCGUCAAUAAAGAAAAUUCUAACGCUAGAUCCUGAUACAUCAUCAUACGCCCCUGACCUGCAUGUACUCUAUAUACGCCACAUCAAAUCAACCAGAUACCGCUUGUAUCCUAUUUUUUUUACCCAGUUUGUCGGCUCCCAUUCUGAUUGAAUGUUUAAAAAUAAUUGUGCUGUUAUGAGUAUGUUCGCGAUGAAAUUUUUUUAUAUUAUCGUAAAUAAUUUUAAUGAGCAGAUCCAAAAAUCUUAUCAAGAUUUUCAAAGAUAUGCAUAAUAUAUUCGUAUUCCGUAAAUCGUAUUUCAGGGUAUAAGUGGAUUUUGCAUAUUUGAAUACUUAUAUUUAAUGAAUGUUCCUCACUUUAAGGUAAGUCAUCUCGACAGACAGUAAACCCCAACCACAUGUCAUAUAAGGCACAAACCAUUACUUAUUAAAAUGUCAAAAUCUCCAACAGAAAAUUUAUUAUACUAACUGGUAGCCUUUCUUGAUAGUUUUCAUGUAUGUAACGAACGACUCACAAACUCGCUUGUAAUUCAAUCGAAUCCUAUUAUUAUAAAUCUAUUAUAUUUCAUUUAUGUAUCUUUACAGAGUUGCCAACCCUUGAAGUAUAUUAAUGAGAUGUGUUCUAAUGUAAAUUCAGUGUUUACUUCCCGAUUGAAUGACAAAGAGAAAAGCUUUUGUUAACAUGUUUGUCUCGAAAGAAAACAUUUGGCUCAGCCGUUUGGUUAUUUUCAUUGCAUCUGAUUAAUAUUCCGUAUAACGGUAGGCAUCUCUGUCUUUAUCGUAUUUGGGAUACCUAUUGUUUAUUGCAUUGGAAUUCAUUUUGUAGCCAACAAGCCAUAUGAAGAGAGACUCAAAUAUUUGAAACUACAUUCACUUGUAUAUAGAAGGAAACGUGGAGACAUGAUUCAAGUUUACAAAUUUCUUCAUGGUAUUGAUUUCUGCCAAGUUGAUAAGUUUUUCACAAUGCACCAAGCUAGAGGUCACUCGUUGAAAAUCUUUAAGCAGCAAUACAGACUCAACCUCAGAGGGCACUCUUUUAGUCAAAGAGUUGUCAAUGACUGGAACAAUCUUCCUGAGUCAGUGGUCACUGCACCUAGUCUUAAUUCAUUUAAAAGAAAACUGGACAUUCAUUGGUCCAAUCUUCACUAUGUAGCACGUGAUCCAACUCUUUAGCGUACCCUCAAAGCUGUAUCGUCUGUAUUUCCUUAAAGGAGAAUGAAACCCUUUAAACCAGCUGAAUCCAUAUCAAAGAGAAAAAUCAAAGGAACACAUUGUUGAAAGUUUGAGGAAGAUUGAAUGAAUAAUAAGAAAGUUAUGAGCAUUUGAAUAUUGAGAUCACUAGUGCCAUGUAGAUCCUCCCAUCGGCAAUGCGACCAAGAUCUGUGAUAUCACACGUACAACUCCCUCAUUACUUUAGUACUUAUUUCACUUAUAUUCUCACUUUUAUAGAGUCUAUCACAAGUUGAGGUGUUCUCUUUAUGAGAUGACAAGUACAGAGGUUUCACAACAUUAUAUCAUUGAUGAAUCGUUUGUCAUAUGAUUAGAAUGAGCAAAAAGAAAUGUUUUGGGGUAUAUUUUUAGUGUCCAAAUGGGAGAGUUGUACGUGUGUGACAUCACAGAUCUUGGUCGCAUUGCCAAUGGGAGGAUCUCCAUAGCAUUAGUGAUCUCGACAUUCAAAUGCUCAUAACUCUUUUAUUGCUAGUCCUAUUUUACUCAAACUUUUGUUGAUCUUAUUUUUUGAUUUUUCUGCUUUCACAAAAGCUAACUUGCUCCAAGAGUUUCAUUCUCCUUUAAGAAGAAGCGACCGGAAGACUUACAGGACUACCUUCUCUUCCGUAUAUUGCUGAUGCUGAUGCUGAUGCUGAUGUAGAUUACCCUAAAGAUGAUUACAUUGUAUAUAUUGAAAUUUUGUCGUAAUAAAGAGGCAACUUACUAUCCCAGUUCCAAAUACAUAUCUGCUGGUAUUUCUGUUACUGACAUGUACGUAUACAUAAUGUCGUGAUAUGUGAUUACUAUUCUUAAAGUGUAUAUUUCCAAAAGAACGACACGCUAUCAAAUUGAAGAAAAAUGAAAUGAAAAGAACAUAAUAUUUCAAUACACGGAAUAUGUUUCAAGGUUCACACCAGCCUAAAUUCAUAAACAGAACAACCAACAGGUGUACAAUGAUCAAAUAAUGUUUUUUUUUUUUCAAUUUAAUCAACCACACCCUCUCUGGCUUAUCACCGACAUCGCUUUCACUUUAACUCCUUUUAAAUCAAAUUCACCCUUUUCCACAUACAUUUGUAUUCUUGUAAUUACAUUCAUCAAAUUUUCCUGAUAUCUAAAAUGUAUAAAUACCCAGAAUGACUAUGUUUAUGAAUUUAGGCUGAUGAUAAGAUGUGAACCUUGAAACAUGUUCCGUUUAUUAAAAUGAUAUGUUCUUUUGAUCUUUUCAUUUUUUUAUUUGUCUUAAGUGUAUAUAAAGGUAACAUGCUCUCGAUAAUUUUUAACACAUCGUCAUGAGUGUGGGUACCAUGCAUGGUUUAUUCUUUAAGUAAUUGGUGUAUUCUUGGUCUUGAUUCAUUUUAUAGAUUAUAGUCUGAACAUAAAUUGUAGACACUAUAUUCGCGCCACUUUAUAUUGUCUUUCACUAUUCUUUUAAUUCUCAUUCUACUAGGGUAAUUUUAUCUAUCAUGUUCCUCACCAUCUGCAAUUGCACCAUAUUUCUCCUUUGCACUUAUACUUUUUUUUACUUUGAUAUGUUUCUUAUAUUUCUAAAUCUGAAACGGAAUAAAUAAAAUCGAAAUAUAUAGCUACAGUA